UGGGACCUGGUCGGGCUCAGCUGACGCCCCACUUCACGUGACGCUGGAGCUGGGGAAGCAUGGCGGCGGCCACCGGACCCUCAUUUUGGCUGGGGAACGAAACCCUGAAGGUGCCGCUGGCACUCUUCGCGCUGAACAGGCAGCGCCUGUGUGAGCGGCUACGGAAGAACCCGGCGGUGCAGGCGGGCUCUGCGGUGGUGCUGCAGGGCGGCGAGGAGACGCAGCGCUACUGCACCGACACCGGGGUGAUCUUCCGCCAGGAAUCCUUCUUUCACUGGACGUUUGGUGUCACCGAGCCAGGCUGCUACGGCGUGAUCGACGUGGACACCGGGACGGCCACUCUCUUCGUGCCCAGGCUUCCUCCCAGCCAUGCCACCUGGAUGGGCAAGAUCCACUCCAAGGAGCACUUCAAGGAGAAGUACGCUGUGGAUGACGUCCAGUACACAGACGAGAUCGCCAGUGUCCUGACAUCCCGGAGCCCCUCUGUGCUCCUCACGCUGCGCGGCGUCAACACCGACAGCGGCAGCAUCUGCAGGGAGGCCUCCUUCGAGGGCAUCAGCAAGUUCAAUGUCAACAACACCAUUCUUCAUCCAGAGAUCGUGGAGUGCCGGGUCUUCAAGACGGACAUGGAGCUGGAGGUUUUGCACUACACCAAUAAAAUCUCCAGUGAGGCCCACCGGGAGGUAAUGAAGGCUGUAAAAGUGGGAAUGAAAGAAUAUGAGAUGGAAAGCCUCUUCGAACACUACUGCUACUCCCGGGGCGGCAUGCGCCAUAGCUCCUACACCUGCAUCUGCGGCAGUGGUGAGAACUCAGCUGUGCUGCACUACGGACACGCCGGGGCCCCCAACGACAAGACCAUCCAAGACGGAGACAUGUGUGUGUUCGACAUGGGCGGUGAAUAUUACUGCUUCGCUUCUGACAUCACGUGCUCCUUCCCCGCCAACGGCAAGUUCACCCCAGACCAGAAGGCCAUCUAUGAGGCGGUGCUGCGGAGCUGCCGGGCCGUCAUGAGCGCCAUGAAGCCAGGUGUCUGGUGGCCCGACAUGCACCGCCUGGCCGACCGCAUUCACCUGGAGGAGCUGACCCGCAUCGGCCUCCUGACCGGCAGCGUGGAUGCCAUGGUCCAGGUCCACCUGGGAGCCGUGUUCAUGCCUCAUGGGCUCGGCCACUUCCUGGGACUCGAUGUGCACGACGUGGGAGGCUACCCCGAGGGAGCCAAGAGCGGAGCCUUCCAGACAUUGUUAACUGAGGUUCGUUAUUCAUUAGUCGCCAAAGCACUUUUUUUUUCCACCAGAGAAAAUUGGCAGCAAACUGUUUUCAUCUUUUCCAGUAAGCGGUCCUUUGUGCUCACGGAGUCUAUUCUUUUGACAGAUAAACAUUGUGGAAAAAAUAUGGCUUUUCCUCUAAAAGUCAUUUGUUUUAUUUCGGACACAUCUGGGUCUCCUCUGCCCGGAGCCCAGUGCAGCGGAGGCCCCGUUAAGCCCUGAGCCCAAGCGGAAGCCGGCGUGGACCCGAUGUGGGCAGGGUCCCCCCACCCCCAACAAGGCUGAAGUCCCCAGGCCUGAGGGGCUGGGCGCUCGGCCUCUCCCCUUCAUGGGGUCUUCUCCCUACUCAGCCCCUCCUCCAUCCUUCUCCCAGCCCUGAUCUGGCCGUCCCUUGGUGAGGCCUAUAGCGCAGACUCCUAGUCAGUGGGCAGGGGGCAGGCACAUCCUCCUGUGCCCCCUGGAUCCCUUCCAUUCACCCCUCACCCCCAGUCUGAGCAGUGGUCCUGGAAUCUUCUGGAGAGAAGGCCGUCUGUACAAGUUUGAGGAAACCCCCCGCCUUUGGCACAGCCCCUCAGCCACCAAGGAGAUCAGGGAGGCAAGACCUCGUCAGCUCUCAGCGUCCGCCAGGUCCCUGACUUUGACAGCCUUGGAAAGAAAGGGUUGGCUCUUGGGGACAGCAUGAAGGGAAGGGAGGGGAGGGGCUGCCCAGGGGGCAGACGCAGGCUUCAGAUGGCAAGAGAUAGGCACCUGCUACCCACCACCCAGCACCUCUCACCUGAGCACAGGGACCGUCAUCCCAGACUGCUGUCCUGUGUCCUCUGCCCUCCUGCCCAGACCCUCCGGGCACAUAGUACUGUGGGGUCAAAUACCACACCAGGCGGGCGUCUGUGCCCCGGGGGUCACAGAGCCUUGGUGCCCCCUCGUCACCUCCAUCCUAGCCUGGCUCACACCUGGUCAGGAUGGCCGUGCACACAGUGCCCUGCUGUCCCCGCCCUCGUGGAACCAUGGUCACGGCCUUCCCUGCUGUGCCCAGCCAUGGAUGGAGGCUGAGCCAGCCCGUUUCUGGUUACCUUACAUGAACCACUAAUUGAAGUCUGAUGUUCUUGGCCCCCAAGCAGUCAGAAAUGACAGUUCCAUCUCCAGCAGCUGGGCUUCCAGCAUAGAGCCAUGAGUGGGGCAGGGCAAGCUCAGAGGCUGACCAGAAAGCUUGCCUGCUGUGCGCUUGCUCCCAGGCCUUGGCCAAGGGCCGGACGGGUGCCUCCAGGACUUGGGGAAGGCAGGGAAAUUUCUGCAAGUGUCCUAGGUGCCACCUGCCCCAUCGGCCAUGCCCAUGUGAGUGCUGGGGGAGAGAGCUGAGAGCCAGUCCCCCACAGCCCAGCGGAGGCUCAGUGCAUGGGCGUGGUGUGGAGCUGCCCUAUGCGCUCCUUGUGGGCCACACCCCCAGGCCAUGCACACGGGGUGAGUGUGCAUCUGUGCACACAUAAGCCAGGGCUGGUGUCCUGACAGCACCUGUCCCUCUUCCUGGAAAGCCACACGGAAAACCUGCGCCUCAGCUUGUAGGGAGCCAGGCCCAGCACUUCAGGGCUGGUUUCCACUCUGCCUGGAAACCAGCUGCCUGGAAGAAAGCUGCAGCCUGGGAGGCCCUGCAGCCUCCUAAGAGCUUUUUUGGCUUCACAGGUUUGGCUUCAACUGCUCCCCUGGAGGGGAGAGGGCCUGGGUAAGGCAGCCGGACCCCCAGCCAACCCCCUGGGUCAGCAGGGGCAGUGUGCCUUGGGUGUGUGCACACGAGUGUCCAUGGGGCACAGUUCUAGGGGUGACAAGAGGCAGGGACACAAGAAAUCUAGGGGAGCGUGCAGAGAGCAGAGGGCUUUAUCUGAAGUACCGUGGAUGACCCAGCAAGUCCGAGUCUGGGCUGGAGACCCCCGAGGUCACCGAGCCUCCCGCGGCUCCAGGAGGACCCAAGGGGCUCGAGCCAGGCCCCACGUGUGGAUGCCUGCACAGACAGGGGCGGGUGCUCUGCGCACUUACCCAUUUCUGUCUGCCUCCCGCCGAGGUGGUGGCCUUGGCUUGGGGCUGUGCCCUCCUGGGUCCCCCCUUCACUAUCCUCUCCCCACCACCCCC